AUGGCGCGGAGGUGGCGGGGAGGAGGUGGCCGCGUGCCCAGGAGACCCGCAGGGACGGGCACCUCGCGCGGCCGCUUCUGCCCCCGCAGCAGUUCCGGUCAGGAGCGCGCCGCCGCCACCAUUUUCCGGGGUUUGAAAAUGGCGGCCGCGAAGGGGCCAGCCAAUCAGAGGACAGCAGUGGAGCAGCUUCCCGAGGGCAUGAGGGAGUGCCUUUCCAUUCAUAUUGGCCAAGCUGGCAUCCAGAUUGGGGAUGCUUGCUGGGAACUCUAUUGUCUGGAACAUGGAAUCCAGCCAGAUGACAUUGUUCUCAACGGUGAAAAGGGUCAGUUGGAAAAUGCUAGAAUGGAUAGUAUGGAUGCAUCUUUUGAUACCUUCUUUUGUGAGACAAGAGCUGGGAAGCAUGUGCCCAGAGCACUCUUCAUGGACUUGGAGCCAACUGUUAUAGAUGGCAUCCGUGCUGGCAAGUACCAUUCCCUCUUCCACCCUGAGCAGCUCCUGAACGGAAAGGAAGCUGGCAACAACUAUGCCAGAGGUCGCUGUUCUGUGGGGUCAAGGAUCACUGACCUCGUGCUGGAGAGGAUCUGGAAGCUGGCGAAACAGUGCAGUGGGCUGCAGGGAUUUUUGAUUUUCUGAAGCUUUGGAGGAGGCACCGGAUCAGGAUUUACAUCCCUCUUACUGGAGCAGCUCUCGACAGAAUAUGACAGGAAGAUGAAAUUGGAGUUCUCUGUCUACCCAGCCCCCAGGAUCUCCACUGCUGUCGUAGAGCCUUACAACUCUAUCCUCACCACCCACUCCACCAUAGAGCACUCGGACUGCACCUUCAUGGUGGACAACGAGGCGAUCUAUGACAUUUGCCAUCAUUAACUUGGUGCUGAACGCCCCUCUUAUGCCAGCAUUAAUAGGCUUAUAGGUCAGGUGGUAUCUUCCAUCACGGCUUCCCUACGAUUUGAAGGGCCCUUGAAUCUGGACCUAAUUGAAUUCCAGACCAACCGACCCUCUCCAAGAAUACAUUUCCCCAUGACAACCUUUGCUCCCAUCAUCUCUGCUGACAGUGCCUACCAUGAGGAGUUCUCUGUGUCAGACAUCACUGCUGCUUGCUUUGAGUCUUCCAACCAGCUGGUCAAGUGUGAUCCUCACUUGGGGAAGUAUAUGGCCUGCUGCCUACUCUACAGAGGAGAUAUGGUCCCUAAGGAUGUGAAUGCAGCAAUUGCAGCCAUCAAGUCAAGAAACUCUGUGCAGUUUGUAGAUUGGUGCCCCACUGGUUUCAAGGUAGGCAUCAACACUCAGCCCCCCAUGGUGAUGCCAGGGGGAGAACUGGCCAAGGUGCAGUGGGCUGUCUGCCUGCUCAGCAAUACCACAGCCAUUGUGGAUGCCUGGGCCCACCUAGACUACAAGUUUGACCUCAUGUAUGCCAAGAAGGCAUUUCUACAUUGGUACAUCAGAGAAGGCAUGGAGGAAGGCGAGUUCUUAGAGGCCAGAGAAGAUUUGGCAGCCCUGGAGAAGGACUAUGAGGAAGCAGGGCAAAGUCUCUGAGGCAAAUGUGACUGAUGGAAAUGAACAUUAAGCUGAAGGGUCAUGCUUUCUUUCCGAGAGAUUAUACAUUAGUGGGUAGAGUUGCCUUGAUUGCAAGAAAAAGGAAAUCAAAUCAAGCAAGAUCCCCAGCUCCACCAUAAAUUAAAGGGGCACUGUUAACAAAGAGCACAUUUUUCCUUCUCUGUCCCUGGGAUCCAGCACUGCUACUUGGGAGCCUGCAAGGUUUGGAGUCCUUUGAACCUCUGGAUCAUUUCUAUGUGUUUUUUUUUUUUGGUCAUGAUAGAAACCUAACUUUAUUCUUCGCUUUGUUAACCAUGGGACUAUGAAACCCUAAAGUCAAUGAUUUCCCUUUCCUGCACCUGAGGCAGAACACAGCACAUAUUGAUUAUUAAUGUUAUUUCCCCCAUAUCUAUGAUUUGUACAUUGAUCAAAUAAUGAAGAUUUUCAGUG